AUGCAAGAAAAAUACGACAGACAGAUUAGACUUUGGGGAGAAGCAGGCCAAAGAGAUAUUAACAAUGCAAUAGUUAUAUCGCUUGGCUCUGGAUCUGUUGCUUCUGAGUUUUUAAAGAACUUAGUUCUUCAUGCUGUUGGAAAAAUCAUUAUUAUAGAUGAUGCUGUUGUUACAGAGCAAGAUUUGCAUGACAACUUCAUGAUUGAGCCUGAUAGUCUUGGCAAACCACGUGCAGACGAAAUGGCAAGAUUAUUGAACGAACUCAAUCCAGACCCACAAAUUAUUACAAUUCAUAAGUCUCCAAAUGAUAUGGAAGCCUUAAAUGAGCAAACUAUCAAUGAGGAUGCCUUCAUUGUCACUUACAAUAAUCAAUCCACAGAAUUCUUAGAGAAACUCUCAGAUUUUGUAAGAGAACAUCAAGCACGCCAAGUUCACAUACAAGCUUGUGGCUUUAUGGGCGCUAUUUACCUUGAUUGUAAAAAUCAUUAUUCUUUCGAAGGUCCUUCACCGAACACCUUGUUCUGGAAUGACUUCAGAAUUAUUAAUCCUUUUCCAGCAUUGAAAGAAUUUUUCGAUAGCUUUGAUCUCGAAAAAAUACCAAUCGAAUUACAUGCAAAUCUUCCGUUUCCUGUUAUCCUUUACCAUGCCCGUAACAGGUACAUUGAAAAGACGGGAAAGCAGCCAGAAUUUUCAGAAUUUCGUCGUUUCAUCAAAUCUUUGGAAAGAGACGCAGAUAAAGAAAACAGUAUCGAUACAGCCUAUGAGAACAGCGUUUUAGCCCUUAACGAGUACCUUCCUCCAAAUACAGAGAGUUCAUUUUCAAUUGUAGACGAUUUCCCAGAAAAUGACCCAUUCUGGAGACUUGUCCGCUCAGCGAAAGCCUUUUAUCAGAAGCAUGGCGCAAUGCCUCAUAGCGGAGAAAUUCCAGAUGUAGAAACAACGCCAGAUCUUUAUGCCACCCUCAAAAAACUUUACAGAGAGAAGUCUAAUGAAGACUGGCAAGAAGUUUUCCAAGGAAUGUAUGAUAUUCCAGAAGAUUUCAAGAAUAGAUUCAAAAAGAACAUUUGGAGAAUCAAAGGAAAGAAGUAUCCACCACUUAAGGAGUCGCUCAAGCAGAUUUCAGCCGAAAAUGACUUCAUUCACGAUCAAGAAACAAAUGAUUCACUUAAUGCCAUCCAAAACGUCUUCAUUUCAUCAAGAAUGUUCUUUACUAAAUCAGGAAAAGUUCCAAAGUUGUCAGAUAUCGAUGAAAUCAAAACAAUUUUGAAAGAAAUCGGAGCUCCACAAAAUGAAAGUUUGAAUCAAGUCACAGAACAUAUUCUUCAGUUCCAAGGAGCUGCUUUACCUUCAGUUGUUUCUACAAUUUCUGCUUUUGCCGCUGAAGAGGUUACAAAAGCAAUUAUUAGACAACAGAUCCCAAUUGAUCCUGUUUUUAUUUAUGAUGCAGUCCAUGGUCAAGCAACAAAUCCUAAAAUGUAA